AUGGGCAUUGAGGUUGUUGUAGCAUCGGAUGUGGCUCCUCAAGUUCCAGUUCAGGCUGUGACUGAAGUUGUUGACAAGUCAAUUCUGCAUGAGAAGGAGAAUGGGAAAAUGGGUAAAGAGUCGGGACCAAAUAAGGCCAUCAAAUUCGGUUCUCAUGAAAGGGAGGUAGAGAAGGGAAUUUCUGAUGCAGAUGCCGAAGCCCGUAUGAACGCUUCUGCUGAUUGGUCUGAUGUCUCUCCUGAUCCUCAUGUUUUCUACUUCCCCAAGAUACAGAGGGUCGAGGAUCCCAAGUAUAGUCCCCAAAUCGAUGAACUUGUUAAGGAGAUUAAGAAGAAGAAUGAAGCUUUUGCUCGGGCUCAUGAUCGUGCGAGAACAAAAAAGGAUAAGAGAUCAGAGUUGAGAAGUGAGAAAAGGGAUUUAAGAACUCGACUCUCAGAAUUACAGGAAGCCAUGAGUGGGAAGAAAAAUGAAAUGCAGCCUCUGCAGCAGGCAUUGGGGAAACUCCGAAACAAUUAUAAUGGUGGUAUAUGCUCAUCAGAGAAAGAGCUAGAUGAAGCUAAACGCCGCUUGGAGUACCGCAUUCAGCAUGAAAGCAUCCCGUUGUCUGAGGAAAAGCAACUAAUCAGAGAAUUAAAACAGCUAGAGUUAACAAGACCAAUUGUUAUUGCCAAUGCUGCCAUGAGAGAGGAGAUUCAGGAAUCAUUGGGUCAGAAAGAUGCCAUACAAGAUCAGGUCAAACAUAUGAAUGUUGAUUUUGGUGGAGCAAAGAAGGAGCAUGACGAGACGUGGAGUAAAAUGAAGGAACUGACCUCAAGAAUUGGGGCUUUAGACAAAGAGAUUGAUGUUAUCGAAGAGGAAAAAACAGCUAUUGCAAAUAAGAGGGAUGAGCUUUAUGAGCGUAGAGAUAAGAUACGGGCACAAAGUGAAGAAUUGAACGCACCGUUUUAUGCUUUGACGGUGAUCCUGAACCGAGCAAAAAAUCUUGCCGACAAGGAGAAGGAUGUAAAGGGUGUUCAGCACCUUGCAAAUGCAGAGAUGGAGAAGUUUAUGUUGCAAUGGCGCAAGAAGGCUUUUAGGGAUGAUUAUAAGAAGCGACUUGUAUCGAGCGGGUCACUCGACAGACGAUCACUGACCCUGGAUGGUCGAAUUAGGAACCCGGACGAGAAGCCGAUAGCGGUAGUCACUAGACUGCCACCCUCCCAGGAUGAACCGUUGGUCAAGCCCCCUAAACCUGCUGCGAAGAAGGAAUCUUUGCCUGCCAAAACGGUACAGAAAAAGACAGAGCAACUCGAGGAAGUCGAAGAAGAGGUGGCGGGAUUAGAGAAGACACAGGAAAAGAUUUCACCACCACCGGUUGAUCCAGCAAAGUUGAAGGAAAUGAAAAGAGAAGAAGAAAUAGCGAAAGCUAAGUUAGCCAUGGAGAGGAAGAAGAAGUUGGCCGAGAAAGCUGCUGCUAAAGCUGCCAAGAGAGCAGAGAAAGAAGCUGAGAAAAAGCUCAAGGAAAUUAUUACAUUUUGUCUUCUUUUGCUGAUUUCAUAUGAACGGGAGAAGAAAAUGAAGAAGAAGGCCGGAGGGCCUGGAUCGAUGAACGAGGACGAAAAAGCGGGUGAAGAAUCUGUUGAGGGAUCAGAACCAGAAGAAGCAAAAGGGGCUGCUGUCCCUGCCCCUGUUAAAGAGCAAGUUAAGAGGGAGAAUCCUGUCAGGUACAGGAACCGCCCGAGGGGAACCGACUCUGUACCCAGAGCUCUUCUGAAGAAGAAGAAGUCGACCAACUACUGGCUGUGGGCUGCUCCUGCUGCCGUGGUAGCUGUUCUCUUGGCGUUCCUUGCGUACUACUAUCUCCUCUAA